CGCAGCUUUGUCAGUGGUUUUAUAUCAUGUGAGAGGAUUAACUCAAUCUAAAGGUGGAGCAGAAAUUGUGAAGGUCUGAGGAGGACCGGAGUGUAAUCCAGUGAGCUCUCAGGGAGCCAGAGAGAGAGAUGGCAACGCCGAAUUCUUUGCGCAUGGAUUUGGCCCAUUUAAUGAGGAGCUGAUGAGCGGAACAACGAAAUUUCCCCAUUGAUGGGACGCGGGAACUGACCAAACGGAUUUCUCAACUCAAUUUAAUGGCAAUAUCUGAGACACAGGUACUCAUCCUCAGGGAACAGAAAUGGUGCACAAACUUCUGCUGCCCAUCAUUCUAGCAGCAAGCCUCAUCUCACCUGGACUAUCUGGUGCCACAUCUAUCAAAGCAAAAGCUCAAGUGAAGAACAACUCUGGUGUGACACCAGCUGAGCAGUGUGGGACCUGGGUGAAGGAGCCUGAUGGGGGGUAUUUCACCUCACCCAACUACCCUGACAAAUACCCGCCUGAGAGGGAAUGUAUCUACAUUAUAGAAGCCUCUCCCCGACAGUGCAUCGACUUGUUCUUCGAUGAGAAGUAUUCCAUCGAGCCAUCCUGGGAGUGCAAGUUCGACCACAUCGAGCUCCGCGAUGGGCCUUUUGGUUUCUCGCCCAUGAUUGGUCGUUACUGUGGUCAGGAAAGCCCCACAUAUGUCCGCUCCAGUGGAAAGUACCUGUACAUCAAAUUUGUGGCUGAUGGUGAACUGGAGGCCAUCGGUUUCUCUGCCCACUAUAACUUCACGCAAGAUCCAGAGUUUAAAGAUCUUGGGGCACUGCCAGCUUUGCCAUUUUGUGAGUUUGAGCUGAGUGGUCCAGAAGGCUUCGUAGAAUCGACACAGAUCGGUAAGGAGGGCCAGGUGCAGCAGACUGAGGCUGUGGACUGCAGGUGGUAUAUCAGGGCUCCACCAAGAGCUAAGAUCUACAUGCGAUUUCUGGAGUAUGAAAUGCACAAUUCAAAUGAGUGCAAGAGGAACUUUGUUGCCAUCUAUGAUGGCAGCAGUUCAGUUGAGCAUCUGAAGAAUAAGUUCUGCUCCACGGUGGCCAAUGAUGUCAUGCUGGUGUCCUCUGUGGGAGUGGUGAGGCUCUGGGCAGAUGAGGGGAGCAGGAAGAGUAAAUUCAGGAUCCUCUUCACAACCUUCCAUGAACCCCCAUGUGAGGGAGAUGCUUUCUUUUGCCAUAGCAACAUGUGCAUCAACCACACCCUGGUUUGCAACGGAAUCCAGAACUGUGUUUACCCCUGGGAUGAAAAUCACUGCAAAGAGAGGAGGAAAGCCAGCAUUCUGGGCACACUUGAUAACACCAACCUCACCAUCAUUGGAAUAACCUGUAGCUUGGUUGUCAUCCUGCUCAUCAUUUCUGUCAUCAUCCAGAUCAAACAGCCUCGAAAGAAAUACAUCAUCCGCAGAGAUGACUUUGACCCUGCAUUUCUCCACCCUGGUUUUGAGCCUCCUCACUACGAACUUUGUACUCUGCGCCAUGUCCCAUCUGUUGAUCUGACUGAUGCUGCCCUAGCUGAGGACUUUGAGAAGUUCCACACGCUCCGUUGCUCCUCAAGCAAAUGCAUUCGUGACCACCAUUGUGGGUCUCAGCAGGGGAGUGUGCAUGGCAAUGCCCAUGGUAGCUGUAGCAACUUAAGCGUGAGAGAUGACACCAUUGCUGCUGAUGAGGGGGCUCUUGUGCCACCACUGCCACCGGUGAUGGUGAACCAGCAGUCGCCACAUCUUUCCCACCACAACACACCAACGGGUCGAUGGAACAUCCUGGUGAUGAAGCAUAGCUAUUCUCAAGAUGGGGCAGAGGGGUACAGGGUGGAGGAUGAGGAUGAUUUGAUGAUGGAUGAUGGUCCCACCACCAGCCAGCACCACAUGCACCACCAUCAUCAGAUCCACUAUGGCAUGUCAGGGCAGGAUCACACUGUUCACCGUACACUGUCUAAUGACUUCUAAUGUAACAUGGAAAUAAAGAAAAUGGUCAACUAAUCAAAACCUAAAUGGAACUACAUUCAAAUGGACAAAAAUGAAAAAAGGAGGGAUAAUAGUGAACUGGUGAAAUAGUAGCAGAAAUAAUCACUUUAAAGGUAAACCCUCAUAGUUUGCAGCGUAGAGGCGUUCCGGGUGGACACAUUCAGGGUCACUGGGGAGAGCAGAAGUGACAACAAUUAAGACCUAUUCUCACAUACAUAGGGAUACAUCAAUGAGAAACACCAACUUGAAAAAUCCUGAAUUGUUCCUUUAAUGUUAAUGUGGGCUGAGUUCUUGCAAUUCUGCUUGCCGAAGUAGGAGCGUUAUAUCAGGCCGUUUCCAGGGACAAUCAAUCAUAUGGGUUACAUACUGUUGGUUGGUGAUUUGCUUUGAAGUCCAGUGCUAGAUCUGGCUUAAUUUGAACAGAACUUCCAUAUUGUAGCUUUAAUUCUUUAUUUGCAGAGGUUAAAAAUCCUGACCUUUCAGCCUAUUUUUAAAAUUAGUUUUCAAUUUAAUUCAUUGAAAUGAAUGCUGACCUUUAAAGCAUUUGUUUGUCUGCUUUGGUCUCAUAUAUUUCAAAUUUAAUUGGAUUUUGCAACAAGAGCUGAGCUGACUGGACCUAACGUUAUAGUAAAUAGUUAUGAUGAAAAUAACUCAGCCAAAGAGCUUAUGAGCAGCUGUUACAUUUUAAAUACCCCACUGCUAUGACAAUGGAACUCUAUGUACAGGAAGAAGCAUUAUAUGCAUACAUUCUGAGCUAAUAUCCAUCCAUUCUAAUGCAUCACAGUUUUCUUUUUCCUUUUCUGUUCCUUGUUUAGCUUGAGGUUUCAGUGCUAUUGUAGACAAUAUUCAUGAUGAUUCAUCAUAUUUAGGAAUAUUUUAUGAAUGAAUGAUGCAUUACUGUAUUUCCUAUAUGUUUUGGACACUAUCACUGUUGGCUAAAAUGUAUACAUAUAUUUAAAACCAUUUGAGAACUAUUCCUUCUCCUUCUCCUGUGUUGUGUGAUCAGAAUCAAAGACUGAGGAGAGCAUACUGUAUAAUGGAAACAUAUUAGUUAUGCCAGUGAAAUCAGCAAACGGAAAAUGUUUCAUGUAACCUAAUAUUUUCUGGACUCAAAAGUUAUCAAGCUUAAUCUUAUGGAAUGACUGAGAAAACUUAAACUUAUAUUUUCUGUUGGUGUGUAAAUGGUUACACUGUUGCAUUGUAUUUAUAUUGUACAAUACAGUGUUACAUUGGA